AUGUCGCCAACCACCCCCCAUCGACCUAGACGUCAUGUUCAAAUGUCAGAUUUCGGUUCCGGGAGACCAAGACUGCAAUCGUCUCGAGCAAAGACACCACGUGAAUACAUCUCAGUGUCUUCGGAUGAGGAGACAACGGAACCGCCACCAAAGAAGCAUCGAGUCGGCUCUCCAGUCGUCGUUUGUCUAUCGGAUUCAGAUGUGGAUUCAGAUGUGGAAUCGAUUAUCAUUUUGGAUGAUUCUGAUGUGGAUUCCGAUGCGUCGAUCAUCUGUUUGGGCACAGAUGACGGCUCAGAUUCAGAUGUGGAAGUCCGGCAAGUAAUCUGGAAUAUCGAUUUGACAGCGGAUGACAAGCCGGAUAUUGUUGAUUUAGAAGAUUCCGAUGACGACGUUCAGCAGAUACCGACCAACGUCACGCCGGCGCCGAUUGAGAAUUUAGAAGUGCCACCUGGAACACCGGAAUCGGAAUCGAGCAAUAAGGAAAAUAAUGAAAUGGUUGUGAAGCAGGUCUCAGAAACUAGGAAGACUCCAAAAUCUGGUCCAUCUCAAGGUGUCUAUAGAAAUCUCCGCGCCCGUCCAUCCAUCUCCAUCUCUUCUGCUACAAAACCAAAAGUGCAAUGUUCAAAGCGGCGUAAAUCCAAAAGAUUGUCGCCACAAGCUCCGCCCCCUUCUGAUUCUAGAGACGAAGGAGACGAUCACCCGAUCGGUGACGAGUACCAAGCCAUAAUUCCACUACUUCUGGAUACGGAUCCAAAUGACGAUUAUGGAGAUGACAAUGAGUAUGAGGAGGAUAUAUGGACACCAAAGAGAUUUGAGAUUGAGGAUUCUGAGAAGAGAAUAGAAAUGGAGGACUCAUUCAACGAGCAGAUCAGAAGUGUCUACUGGCUCGCAAUCUGGCGUCAAUUCAAAGGGCGGAUUCUUUUCGAGGAUGCACUUCAGAAUCUGAAAAAGCAUGGAUACGAUUUUGCGGCGAGUCUGCGGACGAUUGAUCAGGUUCUGAAGAAACGACCAAAUGUGAUGAAGCAUCCGUGUAUGGGACAGGCGACACGGAUGGCAAAGCAUGGAUUGAACGAGAUGGUGACGAUGAGAGAGCUGCAGAAGACUUUGGUUAGUUAG